CGACCGUUGUGCAUCUGGCUCGCUGGCGGCUGGUUCUCUACAAUGCCACUACAGUUUGUUUGUUUGGGUUUAUACCGACCUCGUGGAAUCAGCAAAUCAACUAUCGAAGCAUCAGCAGCACUUACAACCAGAUCAACAGCAGUAGCAGCAACAAAAACAACAACCACUACUACCACUACAGUCACCACCAUCACCACCACCACCACAACAUCAAUAGCUGCAGCAGAAAAAGCUGCAGUGAACGACAGUGGACUGCCCAGCAGAAAUAAUGUGUAAGAUUAGCUUUAGAAGAGCUGACAGAUAUUUAAUGCUCUAGCCCUUUUAUGGUUACCUCAUAAUUUUACCAUUAUUUCUAUUAGGCUAAUUAAUGAUAAUUCAAACGGAGUCUAAUUGUGUCAAUCAAUUACCUAUUUGUUUGUUUGAUUUUAUUUCUGCAAACUAGGUACAUAAUAUCUUAUUAACAAAAGUACACAAAUACAUAUAUAACAUAAUCAUAUCAUGAUAUAAAUUGAAGAACUAAUACUUCAACAAGCUCUGCUUUAAGUUAGUUCCUCUUUUCUCGUGCUAUUUCCAUUAUAU